AGAAAGAGGAAGCUGUGACAGUUGCCACACAGGGAAUGAAUCUGCAGUAUAGGCUUCCCUCGCAAGCCAACUUGCACUGUGCAGAGGAUUCCUGGGGACACGCAGCGUUGGUCGACUGAUCGCUAUCUGGGAGUCAGACAUGCACAGAGCAUUUGACGUCUGGCGCCUCGGACCAAAAGACUAAAUCAAGCGAGGAAGGAGUGGAUAUAUGUGGACCUGUGGGGAGGCGUGAGCGGAGAAACAUUCCUCUGAACCGGUACCGGUGAACCCCGGACCCUUCCACUUCUGGUCUGUUCAGAAGAGCAAGGCACUUGUGGCAUGACGACGACUAACAAAGGAAAUAAAGCCUUGAAGGUGAAGCGUGAGCCGGGGGAGAAUGGCACCACCCUCACAGACGACGAGCUGGUGACCAUGUCAGUGCGGGAGCUGAACCAGCACCUCAGAGGGCUCACCAAAGAUGAGAUCCUGCAACUGAAACAACGGCGGCGCACCCUGAAGAACCGGGGCUACGCCGCCAGCUGCCGGGUGAAGCGAGUCACCCAGAAGGAGGAGCUGGAGAAGCAGAAGACCCAGCUGCAGCAGGAGGUGGACAAACUGGCCAAUGAGAAUGCUUCGAUGCGCAUUGAGCUGGACGCUCUGAGGUCUAAGUACGAGGCGUUACAGACCUUUGCCAGGACUGUGGCGAGGAGCCCGACUGUCGGGGUCGGGGUCAGGGCUGGAGGGGGAGGAGGAGGGGGAGGGAUGGCGUCAUCGGUCAUUGGUCCGCUCAUACCGGGGAAGAUGGCAACAGCCACGAGUGUGAUUACAAUAGUGAAGUCAAAAACAGAUGCACGGUCUUGAGGGAGGGAGAGAUAGAUGAAGGCAUGCAGGUCGGGAUGCAGUUCAGGUGCGACGGCGUAAUUCUUCCUCUCUGCUGGCCGCCUCUCCUCCACCUGCACUGAUGUCAAACAGCCAGGCAGUGUCCACCACUUUGGCUCAGCAUGUUCCUGUCACCUGUAUCAGAUCAGUGCAGGCGAAGGAAAGGAAGGAAGCAGAGGAAGAUUAUUGAGACUAUAAAGAUGGAAGUCCUUGGUCAGAGCAUGAUCAUUUAGCACAGGACAGAUACACAGGGUUCCUACGGUCACUGAAAGCCUGGAAAAGUCAAAGAAUUAUUUAAGAUUAGUUUUAUUCCAGGCCAGGGGGGGGGGAAAUCCAAAAUAAUGUCAAUGCCCAAAACACGUAAUCAUGCAAUUUUGUUCAGUUGCUACUAACGUCAGUCAAGAGUUCAGUGUCAAGUGUAACUGCUGGUAGUUCAAGAUAUCUAUGAAUUCAUAAAAAUCUCGUGGCACAUUUACACACUAGAUUUGAAGUGCUCGAUUGCCCCGAACCAAGAUGUAGAACAUUUCAAUUUGAUAGACCAACAAAAAUAUUCUAACACAUGCGUUGUAUAUGUAUGAGACUCAAAAAAAGAUGAUACUAUUAUGUUAAAUAACUGGAUUAGAUUGACACAAGAGUGUUGGGUCCCUGAGCUCCAAAAUAAUUCCAAAAGAUUUCAUGUGACCUGAUGAUUUCAGUGGCUGAAGAGAAGUCCCAUCAUGCUCGACCCUAGCCAAGAACUUUUUUCACAAAAGAACUAUAUAAAAAAUAUAUAUAUUACACACUGGUGGUAACUGUAUUUCUACUGUUUUGUACUGUGUUGUCAUUCACAUGAGGUCCAAAGUGUAUUCUCUGUGUGUCAACUGUUAUAUAUCAGGAAUUCUGUGAAAUUCUGUGGCGCUUGUUCGUUUUGGUAUUGCUAUAUUUAGUUAGCUGUAUUUUUUCUACGCUCUCUUCACUUUCUAUGUCCAACUCUCU